UACGUGACAUGAAUGACAAGCGUCAUGGCGCCUGUCAACAAACAACAAUUUGAACAUGUAGCCGGUUUCCCGAUCAAAACAGACAAACGUGCCUGGACUCAAGCGUUUUAACAUCUGGAAACGUGAUAAACUGGAUGAGUUCCAAGUACAGAAGCUCCUGGAUAAAGUCAACGCUCCUCGACGAAAUUUGGUGUCAACUUUCUGACAGAGAAAUGCUAUGGCUAGCUUUGUGCUAAGCGAGCUAAUGGUACAACAAGAUACCGAAACAUAACUUGAAGGAUACCCAUUUUUUUAACGAAACUAAUGUCAAGCCAUGAAUUCAUCAUCGCUACCAUCCGACGUCAGACGCCACCCACAGAGAAGCAUUUCAGAGUGAUAUGUUUUGCAGCUUCAACGUCUGAAACAUGGCCUACAAGACACUGCUGGAGAUACCCCCCAGAAAUAAAAACAAUGUAACUCUCAAACGUCCACGCUUUUGGAAGGAGCGUCCAUCACAUCAACAGGGGCUGAGAGGUGAAGAGGCACUGACAUAAUGUUGAAGAGGUCGGGAGAAGGGGGUGCACUGGCUGGUAAAAGCGAAUGGGAACGCUUGUUCUGCCCACGCUGCUGAAGCGGGGCAAUGUUUGGAGAGAGAAAAAAGUGUUCGUGCAAGAGAGGGAGAGGAAGAGAGGGGUAAGGGGAGGAGGAGAGAGAGGUUGCAUUGCACACCCGUGCGUAAAUGUGACCAUCCUCGCCGUGGUCCCCUCCAUCCCUCCGUCCCUCCGCGUCCUCGCCCCUCCAGCGGCGCCGCUCUCCUCCUCUUCUUCGCCGCGGGGAUCACCUGCUCGGUGGUCGGGGGCUCGUUUUGGACCGUGGAGUCCCGGGUGUCUCGGCUCGGCGCCCUCCUCCAGGGGUUAGGGGGAGCGCCGGGGGCCACGUCCAAGUUCCUGCCGGGCUUCGUGUCCACCGCGGGCGAGGGCCAUGGCACGGAGCGCCGGGAGAGACGCGGCUCGACCCGCUCUCGGAUGCCGGUGAUGCGCGGACUGAUCGCGCCGCAGAACACCUUCCUGGACACCAUCGCCACUCGAUUCGAUGGGACCCACAGUAACUUCGUCCUGGGGAACGCCCAGGUCCAGUCCCUCUACCCCAUUGUCUACUGCUCCGAUGGCUUCUGCGAACUGACCGGCUUUGCCCGCGGCGAGCUGAUGCAGAAGAGCUGCAUGUGUCACUUCCUGUACGGCGGCGAGACCAGCGACCGCCUCACCUCGCAAAUGCAGAAAGCCCUGGACGAACGGCGGGAGUUCAAGACCGAGAUCGUCCUGUACAAGAAGAGUGGCUCCAAGUUCUGGUGUCUGCUGGACAUCGUGCCCAUAAAGAACGAGAAGAGCGAGGUGGUUCUGUUCCUGGUCUCGCACAAAGACAUCACCGACAACAAGGACCUGGACCAAGGCAACGAAUCUGACGCCGAUGAGGAAACCGGCCUGGAGGUCCACCAGAUCAGCCGCCCUCCAGGCUUCAGCGUGGAGCGCCGCCGCAGCCGCGCUGUCCUCUACCAGCUGUCGGGACACCUCCAGAAACAGGACAAGACCAAGAGCAAGCUCAAGAUCAACAACAGCGUUCUUGGAGCCAAUGCAAACCCAGUCCCAGAGUACAAGGUGGCAGAUGUCCAGAAGUCCCGUCUCAUCCUCCUCCACUACGGUGCGUUCAAGGCCGGCUGGGAUUGGCUGAUCUUGCUGGCCACUUUCUACGUGGCCGUCACUGUUCCCUAUAACGUCUGCUUCACCGCCGUGGAGAUGCGAGAGGACGGCAUCUCGGCGGCACGCAAUCCUCCAAGUGUCAGCGACAUCUUGGUGGAGAUCCUCUUCAUCAUCGAUAUCGUGUUGAAUUUCCGUACCACCUACGUGAGCACGUCGGGCCAGGUCGUGUACGACGCCCGCUCCAUCUGCAUCCACUACGUCACAUCCUGGCUGUUUGUGGAUCUGAUCGCCGCCCUGCCCUUCGACCUGCUCUACGCCUUCAAUAUCAGUGUGAACUUUGGGGUUCACCUGCUGAAGACGGUACGACUCCUGCGUCUCUUGCGCCUGCUGCAGAAGCUGGAUCGCUACUCCCAGUACAGCGCCGUGGUCCUCACGCUGCUCAUGUCCACCUUCGCCCUGCUCGCCCACUGGAUGGCCUGCGUCUGGUACUUCAUCGGACGCAGCGAGAUCGAAAGUAACAGCCUUGCCUCCUGGGAUAUAGGCUGGCUCCAUGAACUCGCCAAACGCUUGGGAACGCCAUACUUCCUGGCACCGCUGACCUCUCUUUUCGGAGUCUCGGACUUGCCGCAGGGCGCCGUGACAGCGGGACUGACCAACUACACCCAGUGGAACGGCUCAGGGCUGGAGCAGCUGAGCGAGGCGGGCUUGCUGGGCUCGGUCCAGUGGAACGGCAGCAGAGCCAGGGCAAGGACUGCAGGCGGCUCGGGGACCACGCUCAGCGGAGGCCCAUCCGUCAGGAGCUCCUACGUGACGUCGCUGUACUUCGCUCUGAGCAGUCUGACCAGCGUGGGCUUCGGCAAUGUCUCAGCCAACACGGACUCUGAGAAGAUCUUCUCCAUUUGCACCAUGUUGAUCGGAGCGCUGAUGCACGCCGUUGUGUUUGGUAACGUCACCGCCAUCAUCCAGCGGAUGUACUCGCGCCGUUCCCUCUACCACACGCGCACCAAGGAUCUGAAGGACUUCAUCCGGGUGCACCGGCUGCCCAAGGCCAUCGAGCAGCGCAUGAUGGAAUGUUUCCAGACGACCUGGUCUGUCAACAACGGCAUUGACGUCAGCGAGCUGCUGAAGGACUUCCCCGACGAGCUGAGGGCCGACAUCGCCAUGCACCUGAACAAGGAGCUGCUGCAGCUGCCGCUCUUCGAGUCGGCCAGCAGGGGGUGUCUGCGCUCCCUCUCGCUCAUCAUCAAGACCUCGUUCUGCGCCCCGGGGGAGUUCCUCAUCCGCCAGGGAGACGCCCUCCAGGCCAUCUACUUCGUAUGCUCGGGCUCCAUGGAAGUACUGAAAGAUAACACCGUGCUGGCCAUUCUAGGCCGGGGCGACCUGAUUGGCUCUGACUGUUUGACGCAGGAAGAAGUGAUCAAGACCAACGCCUGUGUGAAGGCCUUGACCUACUGUGACCUGCAGUACAUCAGCCUCAAAGGCCUCCGCGAGGUGCUCUGUCUCUAUCCUGACUACGCCCAGAAGUUCAUCACCGAGAUCCAGCACGAUCUGACCUACAACCUCCGGGAGGGACACAACACCGAGGCAGCCUGCGAGAGCAACGGAGGAAUCCUGAAGAAGCUUCCCUCCAUCAAGGAGGACGAGGAGGGGUCCGGGUCAGAGGGGGAACACUCCCCGCUUCCCAAGAUGCCUACCCUCGGGAGGCUGGGCCGAGGCCUGCGCUCCCCUCUGCGCUCCCCUCUGCGCUCCCCGCUGCUGCCGCCGAGACUCUUCAGACCGGCGAGCAAUCACGCUCGGCCCGCCAGCCUGCAGAUCCCCGCUGUGAACUUCGGCUGCCUGCAGUCGGACCUGAGCCCCCGGUUUGUUGAUGGGAUCGAGACAGAAAACCACAGUGCUGCAGCUCAGAAGUUUGAUUUUUCUCCCAGUGCAUCGCCGUGUUUCUUACCCAGCCCCGAUUCCACUACCUCAGAAGUGCUUAUUCGCUCGGUGUGCGUGUCCACAGGGGCCCUUGAUGACGGUGACACCAUGCAGACGAUUUCUAAGCUGAAACACGAGAUGAGCGUCCUUUCCCGUCAGGUGACCGCUGUAAGUCAGGAGCUGCAGGAAAUGACGCGCCUUCUCAAGCCUCUCUUCCACAACCCCGCCGCGCGACUGAUUCCCAGUGCUGUGACUCCGCCUACCAGCAUGUCUUCGCAGGGCUGCUCCCCAGCCCCGCCCCUUCUCGCCAGAAAUGCACCCGUGGACAGUCCAGACGAACAAAGUCCACUUCCACCCAUCCUGGCACCUGAGCCGCCCUCUCCUCAGCUCAGCAUGAAGGCGCUACAAGGAGAGUUUGAUCCACUUCUGUGUUCACCCUCCCAAACUGCCCCCCGCUGUUAUCCUCCACUUCCUCUUCCCCAGGUCUCUCAUUGCUCUGCUCCCCCGUCACUCAACAGCUCUCCGCCUGAGCACACAGUGGUUCCACAUCCCUACACAUCUUCCUCAAUCCCUUCUCUUUUCUCAUCAAGCCACCUGUCAUCCCUCACCCCCCUCUUGGUUGACUUGUCAGGACCAGGUAGUGAGCCACAAACACCGCCUCAAUCUCAUCUCCAGCUCCUGUCCCAGUCUGAGUCCCAGCUCCACUUCCAGCCCCAGUCCCAGUUAAUAUCCCGGUCUUAUCCCCACUCCCUCUCCCAGCCUCACCUCCAGCCCCUCCUCCAGCCCUCUGGCAUGCCAUCACACCCCCGAGAACCCCUCCUGAACCUGCCGGAGAAGGAGUGGGGGGAGCACGCCGCCCAGCUCAGCUUCGUCGAUGAAAAACAGCCGUCAGUGUGAGCUGAGAAGAACACGGCCCCCUGACGCUAGCUCAGGACUGACGGACGGGACCAGCAUGCUCCACAACUUACUGCAUGACAACAAACAUUUGCCUAAAGUUUGGCAUGUGAGUUACGAUGUAAAUACAUUGAUUUUAAAACUAUUAUAAACUAUGAUCAUGUGCACCAGGUGUAAGAAGAUCCAGUAAUAAAAAAGAGUUGUUUUACAGUUUCA